AUGCACCAUGUGCCUUAUCUCUCCCUCCCUCCAUCCAGCUACCUAUACCGCAUACACGCGUCUCCGUCCGCCCAUCCCUCCAUAUUCGAUCGCAACCGCGUGUGGCACGUGCCGGCCCAUCUGGACGUGCAUGCCAUGCGCGCUGCAGCGGCAACUCUCUGCGGCUUCCACGACUUCUCCUCCUUCAGGGCCUCAGGCUGCCAGGUGCGCUUGUGCUGUGAGAUGCCAUGCGCACUCGCUGCAACCCAGUACAUCCAUGUGCCACGUGCCGGCCCACCUGGACGUGCCGGCCCAUCUGGACGUGCCUGCCCACCUGGACGUGCCGGCCCACCUGGACGUGCCGGCCCACCUGGACGUGCCGGCCCAUCUGGACGUGCCUGCCGGCCCAUCUGGACGUGCCUGCCUGCCCACCUGGACGUGCAUGCCAUGCGCGCUGCAGCGGCGGCUCUCUGUAAGUGGGUUCCACGACUUCACCUCCUGCAGAGCCUCAGGCUGCCUGCCAGGUGCGCUUGUGGGUGCAGCAGCAGUGAGCCAGAUUUUCUGCCACAUGCACACAGCAGUAGCCAAGCCAGCAGCAGCUGUAGUUUUAUGUGGCUCGCCUCGUCUGUUUUCCUCCUCCUCCUCCACUCCGCUUCUCUCCCCCGUGCUCCUCCACUCCGCUUCUCUCCCCCGUGCUCCUCCACUCCGCUUCUCUCCCCCGUGCUCCUCCACUCCGCUUCUCUCCCCCGUGCUCCUCCACUCCGCUUCUCUCCCCCGUGCUCCUCCACUCCGCUUCUCUCCCCCGUGCUCCUCCACUCCGCUUCUCUCCCCCGUGCUCCUCCACUCCGCUUCUCUCCCCCGUGCUCCUCCACUCCGCUUCUCUCCCCCGUGCUCCUCCACUCCGCUUCUCUCCCCCGUGCUCCUCCACUCCGCUUCUCUCCCCCGUGCUCCUCCACUCCGCUUCUCUCCCCCGUGCUCCUCCACUCCGCUUCUCUCCCCCGUGCUCCUCCCCUUCUGGCACGCCCUCCCCUUCUGGCACGCCCUCCCCUUCUGGCACGCCCUCCCCUGAUCGUCCCUCUUCCUCCCACCCACGUCUGCAUGCAUUUCCCUUCUCUCUCCCGAUCCACACCAUACCUCCCUCCCACCAGGCGCGCUCUCCUCUCCACUCGUUCACAGAGCUCUCGGUCUUUGAGGCGCGCUCCCCUCUGCGCUCUCUCCAUCUUUGAGGCGCGCUCCCCUCUGCGCUCUCUAAGUGAGCUCUCCAUCUUUGAGGUGCCCUCCUGGUCCGCCAGCCUGCCCGCUCUGACUCUCCCCCACUACCCCAUCCCCACCACUCCACACCACUCUCCACCAAUCCUUUUCGCUUUUCUCCACCAGGCGCGCUCCCCUCUCCGCUCUCUAAGUGAGCUCUCCGUAUUUGAGGUGCCCUCCUGGUCCGCCUGCCUGCCCGCCUCCUCCCACCCCUCCUGCACCACGUGGCAAGGGCCUGAAGGGCCAAAAGGGGAGGCAGAGGGACGUGAAGUAUCCACCUGGCACGGCCCUGAGAGGGCGAAAGCAGGCACAGAGGGAGGCGAAGGGGAGGCGGUAGCGGUUGUGUGUGGAGAGAAACGAGGGAGGGAAGAGGAGGGAGUGUGUGCAGAGGGGAGGGCAGAGGGGGCGAGUGGCAAGAGGCUGCGUGGGGAAGAGAGAGGGGAGGAGUCGCGGGGAGAAGAGGAGGAUGGGGUGGAGAAAGAGGAAGGGGGUGGAGGAGAGAAAAGAGCGGAAACGAAAGGGGAGAGUGAGAAAGAGGAGACAAGGAGAGUGAGGGAGGGGACAAGGGAGGAGGGGGAAGGGAAGGAAGGGGAGGGAGGGGAAGGAGGGGAGGAAGGGAAGGAAAGGGAGGAAAAGGGGGACAGUGUGGAAAGUGGCGAAGGGGUGCAGAUGCUGGUGGUGCGGGCGAGGGCCCCCUCGUUCCUGUACCACCAGGUGCGGCUGCUGGUGGGACUGCUCAAGGCCGUUGGUGCAGGGGCCGUGCAGCCUGAUACAGGUGAGGGAAGGGGGGGGGAAGAGAAAGGGUUAGAUUGUGUUUUCUUUAAUCGGUUUCAUCAGGUGCGGCUGCUGGUGGGGCUGCUCAAGGCCUGGCCGUGGGAACAGGGGCCGUGGAGCCUGGCGCAGGUGCGGCUGCUGGUGGGGCUGCUCAAGGCCGUUGGUGCAGGGGCAGUUUACCCCGAGACAGGUGAAAAGAGAGAGGUGCGACUGCUGGUGGGGCUGGUCAAGGCCGUGGGAGCAGGGGCGGUGCACCCCAACACAGGUGAGGGAGAGGAGGGGAGAACAGGGAUGUGGGGAGACGUGAAGGUGGGGGGAGAGAAGGGAAUAAGAAACUUCAAGUCAAUCCUGGAAGCGAGGGACAUCCAGGGAGUGCCGCCCAUGGCGCCGGCCUGUGGCCUAUACCUUGCCACUGUUGCCUACGGCCCCCAUAGGCCCAAACGAGCCUCCUCACAGCAAUGA